AGGCUUAUCCAGCUGUGGGAAAAACUUCAAUCACUGAAGUCUCUUCUUCUUCUUCUGUAAUUAUAAUUUCAUGGCUUCAAAUAGUGGAGUCUCUUCUUCUUCUUCACGAGAGUGGAAAUAUGAUGCACUCCUUAGUUUCCGAGGCGAUGACAUCCGCAAAAGCUUUAUCAGUCAUCUGUAUAAAGAGUUGCGCCAUGAAGGAAUCAACACCUUUAAGGACGAUCGAGAACUUGAGACGGGCCAAAGUAUUUCUCGAACAAUCACUAAAGCAAUACGAGAAUCAAGAAUUUUAAUCAUCAUUUUCUCUAAAAAUUAUGCUUCUUCAACUUGGUGUUUGGAUGAACUCGUGCAAAUCCUUGAAUGCAAGAAAGCUGGGAGCCAAACAGUUUUACCAAUCUUCUAUGAUGUGACUCCAUCUCAAGUGCGAAGACAGACUGGGGAUUUUGGAAAAGCUUUUGCUUCCCAUGAACUACUUUUCAAGGAGAAGGUGCAGCAGUGGAGAGAUGCAGCAACAGAAGUGGCUGAGCUCUCGGGAUGGGAUUUGCAAGAUAGGGAUGAGUCAGAGUUUAUUCAUGAGAUUGUUAAAGACAUAAUUAGCAAGUUGGGAAGGUUUAGUGGUGACAUAGCCAAGGGUCUCGUUGGAAUGGACUUAAGAUUAGAGAAAAUGAGAUUGUAUCUGGAUAUUGGGCAAUCUGAUAAGGUUAAAUUUAUAGGUGUUUGGGGCAUGGGAGGAAUAGGUAAAACAACUAUUGCCAGUGUUGUAUACAAGCAAAUGUAUUCUCAAUUUGAAGGUAGUAGCUUUCUUGCAGAUGUUAGAGAAGCUUCUAAAAGACAUAAUGGUUUAGUUUCUUUGCAAAACAAACUUUUAUCUGCAAUCUUGAAUAGGGAUUUAGAAGUACAUGAUGUUCACAGGGGAACAAACGAGAUAAGAAAGAGGCUAUGUCAUAAAAAGGUCUUGGUCAUUCUUGAUGAUGUUGAUGAAUUGGAGCAGUUAGAGUAUUUAAUUGGAAAAAGAGAUGAAAACUGGUUUGGUAAGGGAAGCAGAAUCAUCAUAACAACUAGAAAUAAGCAUUUGUUGGCCCAUUGUGGAUUGGAUGAUGAAUGUAUAUAUAGGGUUGAGAAGUUAGUUGAUCAUGAAGCCUUUCAACUCUUUUCUUCGAAAGCCUUUAAGAACAAUUGCCCAAAAGAAGAUUAUGUGGAGUUGUGUAACCAAUUUGUGAGUUAUGCUAGUGGCCUCCCGUUAGCUCUUAGUGUUUUAGGUUCAUCCUUGUACACUAAAUCAAUCAAAGAAUGGAACAGUGUAUUGGACAGAUUGAAAGAUAUUCCAAGUGCAGAAAUACUUAGAAAACUUCAAAUAAGCUUUGAUGGACUGGAUGAGAUACAGAAGAAAAUAUUUCUAGAUAUAGCAUGUUUUUUCAAUGGAAGAGAAGACAAUUAUGUGAGAAAAAUACUAGAAAGUUGUGGAUUCUACCCAGACAGCGGGAUAGGAGAACUCAUUAACAAAUCUCUAAUAAUUGUAUCAGAUAAACGAGUGUGGAUGCAUGAUUUACUUCGAGAAAUGGGUCAAGAGAUUGUUCGUCGGGAGUCUCCCAAGGAACCAGGAAAACGCAGUAGAAUAUGGCUAUAUGAAGAUGUCUAUCAUAUCUUGAUGAAUGAUACUGGAUCUGAAGAAAAUGAAGGCAUAGUCCUGGAUUUAGUUGGUGAAAAAGGCCAAUUGAUCAGAGCUAAAGGUUUCUCAAAGAUGAAAUAUCUAAGACUGCUCAUUCUCCAAAAUGCGUGCAUUUUUCAUGACCUUGAAUAUCUUUCAAAUGAAUUAAGAUAUCUAGAAUGGCAUGAAUAUCCUUUCAAAUUUUUUCCAUCAACUUUUCAACCAAAUAAACUUGUUGAGCUCAACAUGCAACACAGCAAUUUGAAACAACUAUGGAAGGCAAUAAAACCUUUACAGCUGCUGAAGAUCAUUGAUCUUAGUUACUCUAAAGAUUUAAUCAAGACCCCGGACUUUAGAGAUGUCCCAAACCUUGAAGUGUUGAAUCUUCAAGGGUGUACAAGCCUAGUUGAUGUGCACCAAAGCAUUGGUGUAUUGAGAAGGUUGUUCUCAUUGAACCUGAAAGACUGCAAAAACCUGGUGACUCUUCCAAAUGACAUAUGGAAUUUGAAAUCCCUCAAGAUUCUUAAUUUGCAUGGCUGCUCAAAGCUUAGCAAACUGCCUGAGGGGUUGGCAGGUAUGACGAGUUUGGAGGAGCUUGAUGCAGCUGGAGUUGGUUCCAGACAAAUGACAUUGGCUAAACCAUGGGAUCUUCUGAGUAAUUUCCUACUGCAUGCUGAGAGGAACCAAAAUCCCCUGACUUUGGCUUUCUCAAGUCUACGAGCUCUGAGGAAACUGGAUUUGAGUUCCUGCAACCUACCAGAAGUUCCCAAUGAUCUGAGCUGCUUACAGUCAUUGGUAAAACUAAAUUUAAGUGGAAAUCAUCUUUUGAGUGUACCUUCAAGCAUCAGCCAACUUUCUAACCUCGUAGAUGUUGAUUUUUCUAAUUGCACAAGACUCAAGUCUUUGCCUGCUCUUCCAUCUAAUAUUGAACAUCUAGAUAUGAAAAAUUGCACUUCAUUGCAAAUUCUUCCAGAUCUGGUUCAACUUCAUAGAUUGCAAAAACUUCAGUGUGCUAAUUGCAGGAGCCUUCAGUCAUUGCCGGAUCUUCCUACCAGUGUUAACUUUCUAGAUAUGGAAAAUUGCACUGCACUUGCAAUACUAACAAAUCUAUUUGAAACACGAAAUGUGGGGAAGGGUUUUUAUAUAGGUUUCUCAAAUUUUUCCAAAUUGAAUUACUUUCAAGGUAAAAUUAGCGUGCCAUUUACAUGGCUCAGAUAUUACCUGCUUUGGUUACAUGAAGUUCGGCAGCUAAUGAAGUUAGAAGAAAAUUGCAGUGUGGAAGAUUUUGAAAAACCUUUCCCUCAGAGACGCAUCCUUCCAUUUUUGGAGCUCCCUGACUUCUAUUUAUGCUUACCGGGGAGUGGAAUUUGCCAUCAGAGACCUUUCAUUUCAUUUUUGGAGCUCCCUGAGUUCUAUAUAUGCUUACCCGGAAGUGGAAUUCCUGACUGGUUCACGUAUCAGGGAGAGGAGAGUCAGUUGAAAAUAGAACUACCUGCAAAUGAUGAGUGGUGGAAUAUUGCAGGUUUUGCAGUUUGUGAUGUUGUUGGGGAGAGAAAUGUUGGUGAACAUAUUACUUGGUCCAUUACAGUCGGUAGAAAAAGUGGGCCAGCUGAGUGUUGGAGCAACCAUGUUCCUGUCCCUGGAACUUCCCAAGUUGCGUCGGAUCAUCGUAGCUUCUUCUUCCAAGUGAAUCAACUGCUCGAUCCAACUAGUGACUACUGUCCGACUGAGCUGUUACUUAUUUUUGAGCCUAAAGAGAAAAUCAAGAAGUGUGGAAUACGCGUUGUAUACGACGAAGAUAUACAAGAGAUGAUCCAAUUGAACAAAUCUUUAGAAGAUUUUGUAGAAGUUGAGGAAGAGGAAGAUAAAAUCUCAGAAAGAAGCAAAGAGAAAGAAUAAGUUGCUAUGUUUGUUAGAGUUGCUAUAUUUGUUAUAAUCUUUGAUCGUAAUCUUAUAGGUUGGGUUGUUUUUCAUGUUGUAAUUGUUCAAGUAUAUAUGAUACUGUUGCUUUGUACUUACUUAGCCCAUUCACUUAUGCAGACUCAUCUUUCACGUAGGA